AUUAGGAGAUAUUUUCCUUUUGCUGCUACAAGGCUUUAUUUCUAUUUGUUUAUUUACAAUCUUUGGCACUGUUAUUUUCUGUUGCUGUUAUCUUAUGGUAACUUAAUUAUUCGAAUCACAAGAGCGAGGGCUAAGGUCUUAGGAUCAGUUGGAGGGAUACCACCCUACUCAAGACCAUCAUUUAAAAAUGAGCAGAAACAUGUACUUAGAGGAAGUUUCACAAGAACAGGUUCUGAUGAGAACAAAACUUCUGUAGUUAUUGAUCCCCUGGAUAAGAGAAAACAAGUGCUUAAUGAUGUAACUAACAUCUGUAGUAAUGCUUCAACAUUUCAGGCAAGAAGAGUUAAUAAGAAGAAAAACACAAAGCUGGCAUCAAAUGUCUCAUUUGAAGUUUCAACAUCACAAGGGGAUGUUAGAGCAAAGUUAACUAAAGAAGUAUCCACAAUAAGGGUGGUAGAAUCACAUGACACCACUGGUGAACAUUGUAUGUCCAAUAGCAUAAGAGAACAUGGUAUCACAGACAACGUGCUUUCGGUGCAAGACACUGCGAAAUCUGAUGGUCCGAGCUCUCCAAAUAAAGACAUAGAUAUGAUUUGUGAGAAACUAGGAGCAUCAGAUUGCUUGGCCAUUGUGGACAUUGAUUCCGAGAUAAAGGAUCCUGAAGUUUGGAGUUCUUAUGCACCUGAAAUAUACAAUAAUAUUCGUGUCACAGAGCUCUCAAGGAGACCAAUAUCGAAUUACAUGGGAGAGUUGCAGCAAGAUAUCAGUCCUACCAUGAGGGGAAUUUUGAUUGAUUGGCUUGUGGAGGUUACCGAGGAAUAUAACUUGGUUCCAGACACACUUUACCUUACAGUAAACCUCAUUGAUAGGUAUCUCUCAGCAAAAUUGAUGCAGAAACAAAGACUCCAGUUGCUUGGUGUUACUUGCAUGCUCAUUGCAUCAAAGUAUGAAGAGAUUUGUGCUCCUAGAGUGGAGGAAUUUUGCUUCAUCACAGAUAACACUUACACAAAAGAAGAGGUAUUGAAAAUGGAGAGUGAAGUUCUAAACAUUUUGCAUUUUCAUUUAUCUGUUCCAACAACCAAAACAUUUCUGAGGAGAUUCAUCCAAGCGGCACAAUCUUCAUACAAGGUCCCUCACAUUGAAUUGGAAUUCCUGGCAAAUUAUUUAGCAGAGCUUACCCUUGUUGAGUACAGUUUCUUGCAGUUUCUACCUUCCCUUAUAGCUGCAUCUGCUGUGUUCCUUGCAAGAUGGACUUUAAACCAAUCAGAACAUCCAUGGAAUCUAACCCUGGAGCACUAUACAAAUUACAAAGCUUCAGAGCUUGAAACUGUUGUUCUUGCACUUGUAGAUUUGCAGCUCAACACCAAAGCUAGUUCCCUAAAUGCUAUACGUGAAAAGUAUAAACAACAUAAGUUCAAUUGUGUGGCAACACUGUCUCCAAAUCCAAAACCUGUGCAAUCGCUCUUCCAAGUUCAAGUGUAAAUUAAUGCAACUCAAAAGUCUAAAAGCAUGACUUCGGAAUUUCUGGUACAGUACAACGAUGUUAUCAUCAGUUGUGAGUGACAUAUGUUACCAAUUGAUCUUUGUAAUUUCUAAUUACUGCUGUUUGUAACAUAUAAGGUGGUCUCAAAAUUCUGGCAAAUUCCAGAUUUCAAUGUAACAUUAAAAUUGUUACAUUAUAUGAUGUUAUACGGUUAAAAGCAAUGUGUUGAGGUACUAACAUCAAAGUAGAUAUUUCGUGGAGGUUGUACCAUUGUGGCUGUUUCAAGAUUUUUUCCUGUAUUGAAACAUUUGUUUGUAUUAUCAAAUUGUCAAAAAGGUAAAAAAAAAAUGCACAGUUUAUAUUA